AUGACGCAGGGCAGACACGGUGGCGUCACCGCCUAUCUCGCCACUGAGCUGCCUCACAAUCGACAGAGCUCGAAAGGUGAUUGUCAGGUGCGGGCCGGCAAUGCCAGUGCUUCUGCUGGGCCGCCAGGAACGUAUGCGGUUUUCGAAGAUGCAAGAAGUUGCUGUCGAUGGACGGUUGAGCUGGUCAUGGCGGAUGCCACAGGCGACGGCGACAUGGGGGACGCCUGGUGGGCGAAUCCGGAGCACCUUGCCGCCAUGGACGCGACAGCAGCCGCUGAAGCGGUGCCAAGCGCUCCGCAUCAGCAGGAAAAGAACGCAGGAACUGGGUGCUCAUCGCGCAUUACCGCGAUGCGCUACUACAUGAAGCCUGACACCUGGACGCAGACGCUCCUGUCGCACGAAGGCGAGACGGCGAGGGAAAGCCGCGCCGCUGACGAGAUACCACACUCCGGUUCAGCAUCCACCGGCAGGGUCACAAGUUCGGACCCCAGGGGGUGCAAUAGUGAUGUUCACGUACAUCACCAGGCGACGCCUUCCUUACUCAGCGCUGCAUCCUCUGUGGUGACCGCGACAGCUACGGAGGAGGUAUCUUCGUUAUCCGCAGCGUCUUCGCCUCUACAUGGUCUUCCUCUCCACCAGUUGAUAGAGCAGCACUCCGCGCUUGUACGACGCUUGGUGCAGGUGCUGGCCCCGCAGCGGCAAACCAUCCCCCAUGUUAUUCGCGAGCUGUGCACAACAAGAGCCACCUCACCCUCAUCCGGCGUUGCCAGCCGCGUCUGCGUACUUCCGUCGACGGAUGCGUCGAAUGCGGAGCCGAUACAGUACACUGAACGUGACGUCGCCGCGGCUGCCGAGCAGCUCACCUCUUCCAACCCGCGCCAACCAAGGCUGCGUGAGCUAAAGAGCGACGGCUACCUGCUCAUGAACUUGGAAGGGUUUGCCGACGGCAAGACGCGGCACAAGGCGGCGAACCGUGCCUACCCAGCUCUAGCACUGCACUGGCCUGCAUCGGUGCAGCAGAUGGACGCGAUGGAGCGCUACGUCGACCGUGAUGUUGUGCUUGACACCCGCAAGCGGCACCCCGAGUUGAGUGGAGAGGGAUCAGAUAAGAGGCAGGGACAGAAGCGGGACCGAUCGUUGUCGAGCACGUCGUCGAAUGCGUCAGACGCGGACGAAGACGGGGCAAACAAAGCAAGAGCCCCUGGCUCCACCAGCGCUCCGCCGUCUCCACCGUUGGGUAUGGCGGCAUCGCCGAAAAGGACGGCGCCGACGUCGUCGUCUCGCCACUUCUUUCAAUCGUUGCGCGAGUAUCCGCGGUCUCUGGAGCACGGUAACUUGCAUGCGUGGGCUCGCGGCACCGCAGCUCAGCAAGCGCGCGGUUGCCUGCAGGCUGCUACGACGCUGACCCAGGGCUCAACGUCCACUGUCGAUGCGUCUUCUGAUGCAGCCACGCUCGGUCCGCUGCCAAUCACGAACGAAGAGGACGUGGCAGUACUGCGCUGCCAAUACGAUGCUCUCGCCGCCGCCGAAAGCGUCUUGGAGAAGCAGCUGCGUGCCUACAGCGACACAGUCCAAGAGCUGCGCGGCUGGUACCGUGGGGAGCUGUGCACGCAGCAGUUUCGCUACGAGCUGGGGGCGUGGCUGCGCACACAAGAGGAGAGUCGAGCCGUGCUGACCGACCUGUAUGUUCAAGUGCAUGCUGUGCGUUACAGCCUACAGCGCGACCUCUCCAACUACCUGCAUCUGCACGCGUUGGGCGUGUUGUGA